UUAAUCGUGUGCACGACUAUGUUGUAUAUAAAUAUGUAUAUGUGAUAAAUAAAAAUUAUAUCAAUAAUAAUGUACAUUUUUCGCUAUCCUUUGACUCGUCACAAUAAUUACAUUGACAUCGAAUCGAACGCAUUUCCACAAAUUAACUAUAAUGGGCACAAUUUUCUAUGUAAAAACCGCGCAACUGAGGAAAAAUAAACGGAGAAAAUCCAGAUUUUAAUUGUCAUGGAAUAAAAAAAAAGUGAUACCUGCAAUUUUGCGUAUAACGUGUAUACAUUUUUAUUUAUUUUAUGUUGUUUCUCAAUGUUAGUGGUACCCUAAUUGUAAGCCACAGUUUCCUUUUUGUAAACUCUGUGAUAUUAAAAAUAAUGCAAAUGCACGUAAAAUGCCCCAAAAUAACGAAAUGAAUAAUAAAUCAUUGGUGCGGGCAAAAAAGUGUGAUAAUUAAAUAAGGCGAUACACAAACACACAUACGGAACCACAUCGUAAAAUAAAAAUUGACGACCAAUCAAAAUGAGUGAUAAAAUGGGUGAAAGGUUGCGGAGAUUCAGUAAAAUUAGUCCGUCGAUGGGCAAUGCCCAGUUCGGGUAUUCAGUGUGUCCGAAAUCAGAUGACGAAUUCUCAAAACCACUUCCGAAAACUCUAGCUAUUCCACUGUCAGCAAUACAAACUACACCACAACGACAUGGAAAAAUGGCAGGAUAUAAAGAUGUAAAUGUUGGUGCAGGUAGUAACGGAAAUAAGGCCACAGGAUUUGUCAGUUCCCGGAGUGAACCGAUUUCAUUGACGGCUCUAGAGAAGGAUUGUUUCAUCAUACCAUUCAAUGCCAUUGACAGAUUUCUGCCAGCCGGAGUGCCACUUCCACCGCCAAUAGAUUCAACAGAUACGAAACAGGGUCCACUCAAUGUUCUGGAAGUGUCAGAUCCAAAAUUGUGUAUAUUAGCACAUUUGAUGUCAACGUAUGAGCCAAUAGAGCCCGUUCUGGAGUCUCCGUUAAUACAUCCAAUCCACAAACAACGCAUUGCUGCAUCAGAAUUACUACACGAAAUACAACAAGGAAACAAUGCGUUAGGUGGAAUGCUACUUGCCAACAUGGAACGGACGGCUGAGUUUCCAUUCAUUAGUUAUUAUGUAAUCAAUACUCAACAAACGGAUCCCAAUAGUUUUUACACGGGUGUCAGAGUAAAAUCACUGGCAAAGUUUGAACCGAAGGUAACAAGAUACACUGCUGCCCACACACUGGAUUUAUACUCGGAAGUAGCGAGUAUUUGCAGACCGCCACUUUGUCUCAGUCAAAACGAAUUGGGAAACUUUAAAAAAUCUCUCACGCCUUCCACUGGCUACAUAAUAAGCGUUUUCAAGGUAUUCGAAGGAGAUGAUGGAGAACGAUUUGAACGAAAUUGGCUAUUUUGGACAGGAGCUCGUUCAAUGUACAGAUACUUGCCACGCAGUGUAAACCUCAGAAAAAUAACGUUACACAAGUCGGCAUCGGCGAAAGGCGACAAAAUGUAUUUGUUAAUUUGUGAAUGUGCGGACUUGUUGAAGAAUUUGAAUGGAGCUGCCGUAUUGAUUCCUACACUAAGAUCCCGUUUAUGCGGAUACACUGGUUUAUAUAAACCAAUACAAACUUUUUAAACUAAGUAGGAAUUUUAUCGCUUUUUUACAUAAAUACAACUAUAGACUUUAUUGCAUAUACUUAUACAUAGUUUUUAAACAAACUCUAUACAAAAAAUUACGAUCAUCAAGUUAGAAGAGUUGUGAAAUCUUUGAAAAAAAAAAUCGCUAAAUAAGGCACCUAAUCAAUAAGUAGGAUUAAACACUGAGCGAAAAAUGCAAGCUUUUACAAAGACAACUUCUUUUUCUCAGUAUACCAUACAAAAUAUACA